AUGAGCUCGCAAGAUCAUCCAGACCAGGACCUCCUCGAAGGGAAUGCCGUCCACGACAGCGACCCGCCACCACAGAACUCUGAUACUGACCCGAGCCACGAUCACACCUUCCAGCCGCCAGAGAGUGAUGCCCAAGAUCCUGCUCGCGACCCGUCUUCGAUCCCAAACGCGGAUGACCCAGGACCGAGCGUCGACCCGACAGUCGGCAAUUCGGUUCCUGUGCCCUUCGGCACCGGCACAUCGCGUGUCGCAGAUGACGGAAACGCGCCGCUUUCCGCCAAUGCACCAACACAGCCCGCCGAUAGCGUCGCCAGAGUCGACGAGGACGAGCUGGACCUCGACGCAUUCAAGAAUCUGCCGGAGCUUCCGCCCCUUCCCGUUCUCGAGGCUGUUCAGGACGUUGGCGCACUGGGGCUCCCGACUGCCACCGAUCUGCUUGCCACCGGCAUCAAUCUGCCGCAGUAUACCGUCGACUCGCCCGCGAACAUCCUCGCCAAGUUCGGGAACCAGAGCGGCCCAGACAGUUCCUUCGACCCUGAUGGCCAGGAUGAUGGUGUUGACGCUGAUGGCGCCAUCGGCAACGCUGCUGCUGAAGAUGAGGAUGACGAGGAUGAGACCGAGAACGAGCUCAUGGUUCCGGCAAUACGUGUCAAUAUUGGCAAGUCCACCAUGACCCGCCAGGACGACGACGACGAAGACGAGGACGAGGACGAGGACUCCAUGAUACUCGAUCCGGACAAUCCGCUCAUGAGACGAGUCCAAGAUGCCCUCGAGAAACAGCUGACACAGCAAUUGCUCAAGGUCGAGAUGGAGCUGAAGGAUAAGGAAGAGUCUGUUCGAAAGGCAACCAAGCGCCGCGAAGAGAUCGGCGUCGAGCUCUAUGCCGUCCAGCAGCAGCUCGCCCGCCUCCAGGCUGUGCUGGAGAGCGCCGAGGACAACUUUGAUGUGAUUCGAAGUUACCGUGAAGAGGCCGAGCGCCACCUCAAACACACCAGCGCACAGCACAAGGAGGAGAAGGACAAGUAUCUCCAGCACCAACGCAGCCUGGAACAGCACAAGCACGAGCUCGAAAAGAUAUCGCGCACGCUCCAGCAGGUUGAUUUGUAUAACGAGGAGCUCCGUUCCAAGAUCCUCGUCGCAAAACGUACAACUCUCAAAGCCGAGGAGGACAUCACAAACCAGGAGAUUGAAAAGAAACGCCAGGAUUACUUUAUCGAUCAUCUCACCGAUCAACUGCGCAAGCUCCAGGAGAAGCGAGUGUUGUAUGACAACCAGUACCUUGCCCAGCAGAAGGAAACCCACGCUGCCAUCGAGACCUUGCAGGAGGCCUCGACCGAGAUGGAGGCCAUUCAGUUCGAGAAGCGCCAGCUCAUCCAUCAAUGGAAGUCAUCGCUGAUCGGUCUACAGCGACGACAGGAUGUGUUGCAGCAGAUCGAGCAGGGAAUCCAGACAAGCAAGGACCAGAUCCAGAGCAUGGUCGGCGAGAUCAAUGGGUUCAAACUCAGCCUCAGGCGGGCCCAGGAAGAAAGCGAAACGGUCACGAUGCUGCUGGCGAAGCUCGAAGGAGAAGUCAACUUCCUCAAGAAGCAGAUCGGCAUAGUGGGAGAAAACAAAGAAAAGCUCAAGGACACAUACAUGGUUUACACAAAAAGUCUUGGCCAAACCGAGCAAGAACUGGCUCAAGUCAUGCAGGAGCGACAAGCGUUGCAGCUGGAAGUCGGCGCCAUCCAAAAGUUGACACAGCAAACAAUCGCAGCGACACAGAAGAUCGAGUCUGAAAUUGCCGAGAGUCUGCAGAACCAAAUCUCAAUCGAAAAGGGCGCUUCAGGGGCGCGCAAGGACGGGUCGAAGCUGCGGGCCAUUAUCCACGAGAAGGAAGCCCAGAUAGCUGCAACCCAGAACGAAACCUCCAACAUUCGCCUUGAUACACUCAGCGUGAGCAGCCGCAUCGCAACCAUGAAGGACCAAGUCGUCCGAAUCGACGGCGAGAUGGCCGACAAAAACAACCUGAUCGAAAAGUACGAGGUCGAGAUCCGCCGUCGCAACGACGAGCUCGGGAAGAAGCAGUCGGAGAUGGAUCUUCUCAACAAGAAGUUUGACCAGCUUAUGGCACGGAACCAGGACGAGUCUGUCGGCCCGCUUGAAGCCACCAUCCACAAUGUCACCAAACUCGUGGCGGCCAAGGAGAAAGAGUGCACAAUGCUGCAGCAGUACUGGCUGCGAGCACAAAACGAACUUGUCUCCAUGAGCAAGCAGAGCGCCGAGCUGAUUGACGAGACCCAGGAUCUGAAAAUGAAGAUGACGGUGCUCUCCCGAAAGAAGAUGGUUGUCAAUAAUCAAUUCGAGACCGAGGAGAAGGCCAUUCGCGAGCACAAGAGAAAUAUUGGGCACCUGCAAAACGAGCAGGUCAAAGUCAACAUCCUGCUCUCCAAGCAGGCACACAUUCAGUCCCUUCUGGAGGAGAGCACCCUGGAUCUAGAGCAGGAGUUUCGGGCUAAUCUCAAGGCAGGUUCGCUCGAAGCGGAACUAGAGUCGAUCCGUCUCGAAAAGAAGGCCGACGACUUGGUUGUUGAGCGCGACAAGGCGCUCCAGGGGCUUGUUGAGGCCGAACGACAAAUGAUGCUCUGGGAAAAAAAGAUUCAGCUCGCAAAGGAAACCAAGGCGGCGCUGGACCCGAACAUCGGCGCGACCGAGAUCAAGGAGAUGGGAAUCGAGAUCCAUCGCAUGAAGCUUCGCUACGCCAGCAUGCUCAAGCUGCAGGAGAAGAUGAUUGCUGAGAUGGAAAAGAGCGUGUUUCGACGAGAGACCAUCGCCUCCCGAACAAAGACCAAGGGAAAGGGCGGCGGUCAGAUGUCGUUACAAAAGGCCAUCGCGGAUCUCACCAAAAAGACACGCCAGACAAUGAACGACGUCAAGGAAUGCGACCGAGAUAUUGAAUCGCUUCUCCAGUCGCAUCAGCGCAUCACCAGCGACAUACAAGACGUUCAGCAGGAGUGUGUCGCUCUGGAGCAAAAGGAGUCGCGGCUGCUGCAAGAAGUCGAGCAAUGCUUCCAGGAUAAGCAGUUGUUCACCAACUUGACCCUCUUGCACCAAAAGCAAGUACGGCGCUACCAAGAACUCAAGGAGAGCAAGUACCAGUAUUUGUGCAAAACACUAGAUGCACGCACCGCAGAGCUGUCCAGACAGGAGGAGCGCCUGCAGAAGCUCGAGGCCGUGGUCAAGCUCGUCGAGAACGAGUGCAGUAGUCCACUCCAGCUAUCGGUCGCAGGGAUCACGAGGCUCAUAUCCGAGGCCACGGUCAAGUUGCUUCAGUAGCAAGAGAUUGGCUCGAAUUACACUGAUUGAUUGCACCACGAUGUAUUCUCGUACACAGGCUCAGAACAGAGUAUCCCGUUCCGUUCCGAGUCCUCAGCAGUCGCUGUUUUACAGGCAAUCCAAUAAAAAACGGGACACCCGGGUUUUUGACCAUUCAUCGAA